GUGGCGAUCAUUCAGUCGAUGCACCGAAGGCGUACCGAUCGGACGUAUUCAAACGGGAUUUAAAUUCGAGGCGCGAAGUGUGCAGUUACAAGUGUGGCGAUCGCGGCCGGUGAUCUUUGUGUCUGGAGAAAAUUGAAAAAUUGGCAUUUGCCUUUUAAAUCGCGUACGGAAUAGUGUGAAGCACCCAAGAUGAUCGUACGGACAGCGGCUCUGGUUGUUCUGAUGGUUAUGCUGGCCUGUCUCGCGAGGAUCAACGCCCAACAGACCUACGGCAAACAGCUACGAUGGGUCACGCAGUGGAAAUCCCUGGAUUUUGUGUUCUCCUCGCCUCGCGAAAGGGAAGAGGCUCUUGCUUCCCGACGGUUCAUUCCCGAGAACUGCAUCCCUCUGGAUAUGGACGUCGAUUAUCAUAGCAACGCUCUGCGAUCGCGAGUUUUCGUUACCGUCCCACGGUUCAUCGAAGGCAUUCCCGCUACUUUGGGAAUCAUCUCUCAGCAGCAAGGUGCUUCGGGACCGCUGAUUGAACCCUACCCGAAUGCAGCCAUUCAGGCCACCCCGGAAGAUGGACGGUGCCAAGGAAUCGUUUCGGUGUUCAGGACAAUGAUUGACGAGUGCAACCGCCUCUGGGUCGUAGACACCGGUAAGAUUGGUGAUCGCAGAAUUUGUCUGCCGAAGAUCGUUGCAUUCGACUUGCGAACCGAUCAGAUCAUCCACCAGUACCAAAUCCCCGCCAAUCGGUUGACGUGCGAUGUCUCGCUGCUUGUCAGCAUUCUCGUAGACGUUCGCGAUCCACCACCGACGGGAACCUGCUCGAGCACCAUGAUCUACGCGGCGGACGUCACCGGAUCCGGUAUCAUCGUGUACGACAUGGCCCGUGGAAAGUCCUGGCGCGUCACCAACAAACUGAUGAACCCCAACCCGGACCACGGAACGUUCAACAUUGCCAACGAGAGCUUUGACCUGAUGGACGGCGUGAUCAGUAUGGCGCUCAGCCCGAAAGCCCCCUCGGACUUCACGUUUAACUCCGCGUACGGUGUUUCGGGCAACCGACCCACCGUCCUGAACGACCGACUGCUGUUCUUCCACGCGUUGGCCUCCGUUUCGGAGAAUGCCGUCCGUACCUCGGUGCUGCACAACGAUACGAUGUGGGCACAAGAUGUCGGCGCAAUGCCCCGUGCUUUCCGGGUGAUCGGUCGUCGCACAUCGCAAACGGCAGCCGAAGCGAUGGACAGCAACGGAAACUUGUUCUUCGGGUUGCUCAACCAGAUGGCGAUUGCCUGUUGGGACUCGACCACCAACUACAAUCCGAACAACUUCCGGAUCGUGUCGCAGAACCAGGACACGCUGCAGUUCCCUAGCGGGGUGAAGAUCGUACGCAACCGGAAGGGUAUCGAGGAGCUGUGGGUGAUGAGCUGUCGGUUCCAGAAGAUCAUGACCGGGUCGUUCAAUAAGAACGAAACCAACUUCCGGGUGCAGGCGAUUCAGAUUCCGGAACUGCUGGACGGAUCCCGAACCUGCAAGCCCGGUAGGCUGUAAGAGGAUGGCACUGAGGUGUCAUAGAGUGUAAGUUUGAGUAGGGUAUCUUUAUUUAUAUGAGAUUUGUAGCCAUGGGCUAGCACAUCCCAUCGAAUGUUAUUCAGAAUUAUGCACGUGUGUUUCGAGUCGCUAUUGAUUAUAAGUACAACAAAUAUGUA